UCUUCCUUGCUUCUGGGUUUCAGCUUUUAACACACCAAAGAGCAACAGGACACACCAUGGUGUGAUGGAUGGCCUUAGGGCUCUCUCUCUUUUUCUUUGCUUCCUAAUAUGAAAAUUCCACACAAAUCUCCAUCAAAAGCCACCUUCUUUGAUCAAUAAUUCAAACCCCCAAGAUAAUCAAGAUUACCCUUCAAUAUAUAGAUAUAAACCCAUUUUCUUGAAUCCUAGAAAAUUCCCAUCAAGAAAAUGGAUCUUGAAGAGUGGGAAAUUCUUCCUCAUAGUGGAUUUCUUGAUUAUCGUGACGAUGGUGAAAAACAGAAUAUUGGAGCAACCAAAAAUUGCUCAAAUUUCAAUAUGAACUAUUUUGUUUGCCCAUCUUCACCUCCAAGAAAUUCAAGAAUUGUGCCUAACCAACUUGUUCCGGUUCCAUUUCAGUUGGAACCAAAAACAGUUAAAGAUCAAGAAGACAUGGAAUCAAAAGAACCCACUAGGUUGCCUUUUGUGAUCAUGCCUGAAAAGAUCAAAGAUCCUGAUUUAGCUUCAAAAGAAGCUGAUCAAGACCCAAUUUCUCAAGUUUUCUUCAAGAAAAUGAGGGAAAAUGAAUUUGUCGACAUGAAAAUAUUGGAGCGUCCAACGUCUCCAACAAGUAAAGGAUCAUUUGUGCCUCCUCAAAUUGAAACUGCGGGCAAAUUUAAUUUUGAGGACAAAAGUGAUGCCUAUAAAAGUGAGACCUUUGAGAGUGCCAAAAUUACUUCUCCAAGAAUCAAGAAUAGUGAAAAUGAUAAUAUUACAGAGGAAGAAGUGAAUUGGGAGGAGAAUAGUGGUGGAUUGAAUAUUUGGAAGUGGAGCUUGAAUGGGAUCGGAGCUAUUUGCUCCUUUGGUGUUGCUGCUGCUACUGUCUGCAUUAUCAUCUUCGGAAGCCAACAAAGAAACAAACAGCAUCAACAGAAUCAAAAGCGGAGGUUUCAAAUUUACACUGAUGACAAGAGGAUUAAGCAAGUGGUUCACCAUGCAACAAGAUUGAAUGAAGCAAUUACAACAGUAAGAGGAGUUCCCAUUGCUAGAGCUCAUAUAACAUAUGGAGGUUACUUUGAUGCCCUUUAAAUCAAGUGCUUGUCACAAAACUUCUCAAUUGUUCCUUGCUGUCAAAUUGGUGGUGAUGGAUAUAUUUGCUAUGCCUAUAUGUAAGCUUCUACAAAAGGUCUUCUUCAUAUCCUGUACAGAAGAAUAUUAAUAUCAGAUGUUUGUUUGUGGAUAGAUUCUGAUGAAUCUUGUCUGUAGUUGAGAUUCCUUAUGCUUGUAUACAAAAACCACUUGUAAGAGGUUUUUGGGGUCUUACUUGUGAUCCCAUUUAUAGCACUAGCUAAAAGUUUGUAUUAUGGGCAUUUGUCCCUACGAAUUUCUAUAAUCAAGAAGUCCCUGAAAUGAUUAGAAUAUAUUUGAAUA